CGACUCGAUUCGGUUCGUAUACAACCCUACCUCUUGCCAAGAGGGCUUCCAGUAAGGACCGCCGCGCCAUUUCCCACUACCUCUUGCUAAGAGGGCUUCCAGUAAGGACCGCCGCACCAAGGUGGACAGCCGCAUCUGUCAAAUGCUCUGGGUUAGCCAUGUCUGCCACUGGAGAACCAAAGAUAGCGGGUUUCAGCGGCCAUGUGAUGACUGGACAGUGGGUUCCGAAGACCAGAGACCCGGCCCAAUUGUUGUGGGAGUGUGGGAGGAGGAAAAACCAACGGAGAGGGAGGGGUUAUCGCGGUCUACCAAGGAAAAGUAGGCGGCAGUGAAGCAAACGGAGGGUAUGAGCUAGCAGAAUGAAACGACGAGCUCGGAAUCGUCGAGAUAGGUGAGGUCGGCGUGGAGAAGGCUGGUUGCGUCGCUUGGAUUAGGGAGGCGCUGGCAAGGGAACCGCUACAGUAGUCGUAGAAGAAGACAUGUCUUGCAGAGAAGUAAUCGCACAUGAGACUCAUGGGAAAGAAAG